AUGUCUACCUCGACGCCUCCUCGAGCCCCGAUGCCCCCCGUCCCGUCAACCACUGUCACAGUUACAGCCACUGGCCCAUCACAGGAACAACGACAGGGUGGAAAGCUUCAAGAUCUCCUCCAGGGACCUGAUGCUCAACAAUGGCAGGCGCGUUUCAACACGACCAUGGCGGACGUCGGCGGAGUUGUCAACUCCAAGGCGCCUGAGAGCGCAGAACCCUUCUCCCAAAACCUAUUCGGCUGCUUCGGAGAUAUUGGUCUCUGCCUGCAGGGCUGCCUGAUACCUUGCGUGGUGUUUGGAAAGACACACCAUCGCACGCGGGAAAACGCUAGGAUGGAAGGCUACCAGCCUGUCAACACCACGUGCCUUCUCCUCUGCGGACUGGGUUGCAUCGGGCUCUCAUGGAUUCCAAUGUCGAUGCAGCGCGCCGACAUACGCAGGAAGUAUGGACUUCGGGGCAGCUGCCUGGGUGACAUUGCACUUGCGUGCUGCUGUGGCUGCUGUGCCAUAGUGCAGGAAGAGAGGGAGUCGGCCCACCGCGAGCCGCUGGACGACACGCAUACCACAACCGUGGCGGGAGACAAGACACAGUACAACUCCCAGCCUGGGAUGAACUAUCCUACGCCCCCUCAGUGA